AACAUGGCUAUUAACACUAUGAAUGCUUAUUCUAUAUGUAUUCUUUGUAAGCAAAAAAUCCAGUUUUAAAAAUAUAUACAGUCGAGACUGCCUUAACGGCUCCCUUAAUUAAGAGACUCCCUGUCAUAUGCGACUCUAUUUUUUGCUCCAGACGCAAUUCACUAUAAAUAUAGUCUGAAUUAAGCAACCCCCUGUCUUAGGCGACAAGCGACUGUGAAAUCUGGCUCCCGUAUCAAUUGUUAAGACCGUUUUCAGCGACUUUGAGACGCUCCCUCGUACGUUUUACAUGACAGAGUUGCCGUUCCUGAUCUUGCGUGAAGUUAUUGGCGGAGGCAAGAGCUUAUUUGUUUACAAAAAAUGGCCACUGAAAAAAGCAAAAAAAGAGUAGUCUCAAUUUAGGAGCAGCGUGUUAGGGCGAUAGAACUGUUAAAACCAGCUUACAAAAUUGCUGAGGAAUUCGGGGUCGGUAAGACACAAAUUCAAAAUAUACGUAAAAGAAAGCUGGAGGUGUUAUCUGACUUUGAAAACAAUGUAUCCGGUCAAUCAAAAAGAAGACGAUACAUGACAGGAAAUGAGGAAGUUAACACAUUGACUUACGAAUGGUUUAAAGAUGCUGUAAAUAAAAGAAUUAAUAUCACAGGACCAUUGAUACAGGAACAAGCCCUACAUUUUGCAGCCAAACAAGGAAAUUCUUCAUUCAAAGCCUCUAAAGGCUGGCUGGAAAGUUUUAUUAAGAGACAUAAUAUUUCGUUUGGGUCUAUGAGUGGAGAGAGGGGGGAUGUAAAACAGUCAACAAUUACUGAAUGGGCAGACAAAUUACCAACAUUAUGUGCAGAUUACAAACCAGAAAAUAUAUUUAACAUGGAUGAAACGGGUUUGUUUUUUCGUGACAGUGGACGUAAGACAUAUCGAUUAAAAGGUGAUGAUUGUGCCGGAGGGAAAAGAUCAAAGGAGCGAAUAACAGUUGCAUUGUGUUCAAGCAUGACCGGUGAGAAGGUUAAACCUCUUGCAAUCGGUAAAUCUCGUAGCCCGAGGUGUUUUGGUAGAAUGGACGUGAAAAGUCUGCCUGUGGAUUAUUAUUUCAAUAAAAAAGCGUGGAUGUACAGUUAUAUCUAUGAAAAAUUCUUAAAGUCACUCAACAGAACAAGAGCACCGCCUUGCGGGUGCUGACGCUCAUCUGAUUUUUUUUGUAUAAUAGAAAUAUUGUCCUACCCAUGAUUUUCUAAGUCUAAAAAGGGCCAUCAUUCUUGCAAAAAGCAGUAUAGAGUUAUGUUUCUUGAUGUACAGUGUCCACUUAUGAUGGUGAAAAACUGUUGCAAGUUUUAAAGCAAUAGCUUUGAUAGUUUAUGAGAAAAGUUGACUUAAACAUAAUAUUCAACCAAGAAAAUGAUUUUUCUAAGUCCAAAAGGGGCAAUAAUUAUUGCAAAAAGCAGGAUGGAGUUAUGUUGCUUGCUGUACAGGGUCAGCUUAUGAUGGUGAACAACAGUUGCAAGUUUUAAAGCAAUAGCUUUGAUGGUUUAAGAGAAAAAGUUGACCUAAACAUAAAACUUAACCAAGAAAUCUGAUAUUUUCUAAGUCCAAAAGGGGCCAUCAUUCUCGCAAAAAGCAGGAUGGAGUUAUGUUUCUUGCUGUACAGGGUCAGCUUAUGAUGGUGAACAAGUGUUGCAAGUUUCAAAGCAAUAGCUUUGAUAGUUUAGGAUAAAAGUUGACCUAAACAUAAAAUUUAACCAAGAAAACUGAUUUUCUAAGUCCAAAAGGGGCAAUAAUUCUUGCAAAAAGCAAGAUGGAGUUAUGUUUCUUGAUGUACAGGGU